AUGGCCAAAGUACUACUGGUCGUUCGGCUUCUUGCCUUGAUUGCGACUGCUCUACCGCAAACCGUCGAGUCAGCCCCAGGGCCACCGACCGCAUUCGUUCAGAAUGGGACUCUCACGGGAUUGCAUCUCCCGCAGCUCAAUCAGGACUUAUUUCUCGGCGUGCCCUUUGCUCGGCCGCCAGUUGGAGAGCUGCGGCUACGGCACCCGCAAUCGUUGAAUCACUCUUGGGAGGGAGAUCGGGAUGCCACCAGGCGGGGCAACAGCUGUGUCGGCUACGCAGGGUUUGCCAAGGGCCUGAACAUAAGCGAAGAUUGCCUGACCUUGGAUAUUGUACGACCUGCCCAGGCCGGACCAGGCGAUGGCCUCCCAGUGCUGGUCUGGAUCUACGGCGCUGACUCUCGCUAUAACACGUCAUAUCUGGUCAAAGCCUCUGUAACUAUGAGGAAGCCCAUUCUCACAGUCUCGAUCAAUUAUCGCGUUGGUGGAUGGGGAUUCUUGGCUUCACAGGAGAUGCAUGAGGGCGGAGCUUCCAACAUUGGACUGUUCGACCAGCGACUUGCCCUGCGAUGGGUCAAAGAGGACAUCAAAGCCUUCGGUGGUGAUCCCGACAAAAUCACCAUCGCCGGUGAAUUAGCUGGCGCAUUCAGUGCUGGUUACCACCUCGUCGGAUUUCAUGGCAACAACGAGAAUCUGUUCAGGGCUGCCAUCUUACAGAGUGGCACUGCGCUCGGUCCAGGUGCAACUCCCGCAAGCUUCCAGCCCAUCUAUGAUAACGUGAUAGAAACCGUGGGAUGUUCUACAGCCGCUGACACUCUGGCAUGUCAUCGACAAGUACCGUUCGAGGCUCUUAAUGACGCCUUUGCACCCUUUGCUUUCACUCCUAUUUUGGAUGGCAAGUUCCUCUCUCGCCUUCCCUCCAGGUCAUUCGCUCAAGGUCUCGUGGCCGACGUAGCUGUCCUAGCUGGUUCCACUACUGAUGAAGGCACGGCCACCUUCUUUGGUCCGCGAGGUACGCUGCACAAUGACUCAGACACGAGGGCGUUCAUCGAGUCUAUGGGCAAUGGACUCGACCCUGGGACAGUCGACAAGCUUUCAGAACUCUAUCCAGAUGACCCUGGCCAAGGCUGCCCAUUUAGCACGGGAGAGAUGCGCUUCGAGCAGCACGGCCUUCAAUACAAGGGUGGUGCCGCCAUCUGUCAUCCAUGCCGGCCUACUUCGCAUCGCACCCGGAUCACCGGAGAAAACCGGUCUUCUCAUAUAGGUUCGAUGAACGGCCGUGGGAACGGUGCCUUGGAGCUCAUCGCGACCGAGACGCCCCUCUUCUCAACCCAUUAUGCAGAUGUCUGCUUCUUCUUCAACGUUGACCCUGUUGUCAGCCAGAAUGACACCAACUGGAUCGGGCCAUAUCCAGACUAUCAUGAGCUCGCCGACCUGGUGUCGGGAUCCUGGAUCUCCUUUGUGCACGGGUUGAAUCCAAAUCACGAGCCAGCCAUCAGCGCCAUGCGGAUCCCAUUGUGGCCAGACUAUUCCCUCGGGGGACACAAUUUCGUCUUCAGAGCGAGGAGAAGCUAUGUUGAGCGAGAUGACUGGCGGGUGAGCCAAUUGAGCUUUUGGGGUACUAUUUGGGAAGCCUUGAAGACAUAG